CUCCAGCUCUCUUUUUUCAACUUUCUCCAUCAUUCAGUCCGGAGGCUGCUGACACGAUUCCACUGCCGCCAACCGCUUCAUGGGGGCACAAUAUUUCAAGCUCCUGUUACAAUCGUGGGUGAUGGCUUCUGUUUAUGUUUCCUUUGUGUUUAAAAGUCGAUUCCACUCCAUUCUGAGCCGAUGAGAGGCACGAUUAUCGAUGACCAGGAAAACCUCCCUGGUUUUCUUCAUGUCAGCCAAACGUCAGCACGCAAGCUGGGGAUCAAGCAGCAGCAAUGACAGUCACCUACUCUCGCAGGGUUGCAGAUGCAGGUCUCGGUACUUUCUUCCACCUCCUCCUGCGCUGGAAGGGCAGCAUCUAUAAACUUCUCUACAGAGAACUCGCCAUCUUCACUCUGCUCUACUACUCUUUCAGUGUCAUCUACAGAUUUGUGUUACAGGAGGACCAAAGAAGGCUGUUUGAGAAGUUGUCAAUCUACUGCAACCGCUAUGCCGAGCUCAUCCCCGUGUCCUUCGUGUUGGGUUUCUACGUUACCUUGGUGGUGUCCCGUUGGUGGGGUCAGUUUGAGAACGUCCCUUGGCCUGAUCGGCUGGCAGCAUUGGUUGGUGGUCAUGUUCGUGGAGCAGACGAAGUGGCCAAGCUCACCAGGCGGACCCUCAUGCGAUACGCCAACCUGUCCGGGGUCCUCAUCUACCGCUCCAUCAGCACCGCUGUCUACAAGAGGUUCCCUACGAUGGAGCACCUGGUGCAGGCAGGUUUGAUGACAUCAGAGGAGCUGAGGCAUCUGGAGGAGCUGCCCUCCCCACACAACAAGUUCUGGGUCCCCUGCAUGUGGUUUGUGAACUUGGCUUUGAGGGCAAGGGCCGAGGGCCGCAUCAAUAACGACGUCGCUCUCACAGCAAUUCUCACAGAGUUGAACAGUCUACGGGCGAACUGCAUGAAGCUCUAUGGUUAUGACUGGAUCAGUCUGCCUCUCGUCUACACGCAGGUGGUCACGGUAGCAGUCUACAGCUUCUUCCUCGCCUGCCUCAUUGGUCGUCAGUUCUUGGAUCCUGCUCAAGGCUACCCGGGUCAUGAUGUGGACUUCUAUCUGCCAGUGUUUACCUUGUUGCAGUUCUUCUUCUACGUUGGAUGGCUGAAGGUGGCUGAGCAACUCAUCAACCCUUUCGGUGAAGAUGACGACGACUUUGAGACGAACUGGCUUGUUGACCGCAAUUUGCAGGUGUCCCUGCUGUCGGUGGAUGAGAUGUACGACAGCCUCCCGGUGGUGGAGAGGGACAUGUACUGGAACGAGUCAGAACCUCAGCCCCCAUACACUGCAGCCAGCGCUGAGCACCGCAAGCCCUCCUUCAUGGGCUCCGCGUUGGACGUCAGUGUCCCAAAGGAGGAGAUGGAGUUUCAGUCUAAUCUGGAGCAGAUCAAGGAAAAUGAGGAGGCGAAUUACUCCACACCGUUGCUGGGGGGACUGGGUCGUCUCCUUGGGGUUCACUCUCCUAACUUCCCACGCUCCUCCCGGGUAUCGCUGCUGCGCCGGCGUCCUGGAGCUCCACUCAGUCGCGUCCCUCUUUACUUGCACCCAGAGACCCAAGGCACUUUGGGGCAGACUCGCCAGCCAUCGAACCAAGAGAGAGACCAGGACUUUGCCUUUUCCAACGUCCCACUAUUCGAGAGACCAGGGUUCUACAGCUGUCCCCAGACACCAAUUCACUGUGUGCCCCCAGCAGUGCCACGUCCUCGCCCCGCUCGACGAACUCCAAAUGAUUGGAAUCAAAGCUGUACCUCACUAGUUCCUCCGGUGGUGACCGAUAUCCCCAGUCACCUCCCACCACCGCCAUCCUCAGCUUUUCCUUGGCUCAGUGAGGAUGGCGGGGUACCAAGCGCUCCUGCCUUCUCCUUCCCUGAUCCUCCACCUGAACUCUGUCCAAUAUCUAAACUCAGGCGAGGUCAGGGUCUCUUGUCUCGCCGACCUCCACCUCCAUGUCUCACUCUUGAUGCUGCACCGCCAGUUGACAGCCAGCCAGGACCCCCAAGUGCACGGGCAGCUGGAGCUGAAAGGGUCUUUUCCUUCACCUCUCUUUCUCGUCCGACAAAUCCCAGUAAUCCGAGCAGCAGCUCCGGGAGCAUUAAUGCAACAAGCACCAACAGCACUGCCACAACAGGAAGUUUGUGCAAUGGUAAUUUCAGUAACCUCGGGAACUUCAGUGCCAACGUAAAGACCAGCAACGGGGGCACCAACGGUGGGCUGAGCGCCAACAUCAACGGUCACCCCUCCGGGGCAUCACAGCCGGACACCAGUCAGCCACACUCCCCCAAUGAUUCUGGGAUCUCACUGGCUGAAGGCGAUCUCCUGGGUGUACUGGUGCAGAGUGGCAAUAACAAGGCAGCUGCUGGACAGAAACCAGACUGACAUAGUUCUACACGUUCUAAUUCUCUAAGAGACUCGAACAAACACUGCCUUUUACAGAUGCUCAAUCCGUAUGUAUCACCUUAAUCCGGAACCCCUCUCAAUUCCGAGGUAAUCUCUCCUUCUUUGUAAUCUCUUUCAUAACAACCAACUUAGUCGUUUGCCGUGAACAAUAUAUGUGUCCAAUAAACAGAGGAUAAAAAUGAAUUGCCU